AUAAGAAUGAAAACCCUAAACCCUUACCAUUUCCAUUUCCCAUUUCUCCGUCACUUCCUUCCAAAACUCGCCACUGACUCAGAACUCGCAACCAUGGCGACUCAGAUCCUCUCUCGUGUCAUCCCCAAAACCCUAACCCUAACCCUAACUCCCUUCUUCUCUCGCUCCCUCUCCACCUCCGCUCCUUCCUCUCUCUCUGCCAUCUCUUUCCUCCGCCGCCUCCGCCCCCUCUCCGUCGCCGCCUCCCCCUCUCUCCGCCACUUCCUCCUCCCCGCCACCUCCUGCAUCCGCUCGUUCUCCACACGGGCCACCACAUCCUCCCUCAACGACCCCAACCCGAACUGGUCCAAUCGUCCCCCGAAGGAAACCAUCUUGCUCGAUGGCUGCGACUUUGAGCACUGGCUCGUCGUCAUGGAGAAACCCGAAGGUGACCCCACGCGCGACGAAAUCAUCGAUAGCUAUAUCAAAACCCUUGCUAAGGUUAUUGGAAGUGAGGAAGAAGCGAGGAUGAAGAUAUAUUCAGUUUCAACUAGGCACUACUUUGCAUUUGGAGCACUUGUGUCUGAAGAACUUUCCUACAAAAUUAAAGAAUUGCCUGGAGUUCGAUGGGUCCUUCCUGACUCGUAUCUGAAUGUUAAGGAAAAGGAUUAUGGAGGUGAGCCCUUUAUAAAUGGGCAAGCAGUUCCUUAUGAUCCCAAGUAUCAUGAAGAGUGGGUUAGAAACAAUGCUCGGGCAAAUGAAAGAAACAGGCGCAAUGACAGGCCUCGAAAUGCUGACAGGUCAAGGAACUUUGAGAGGAGGAGGGAAAAUGUUGUGAACAGAGAUAUGCAGGGUAGGCCUCCUAUGCCAAAUCCUGGCCCUAAUAUGGCAGGUGCUCCACCUGGAAAUGCAGGUGGGUUCCCUACAAACAAUGCCGGUGGAUAUGCACCUCCCAGCAACAUGAGUGGGCCCCCUUCAGGCAACCCAGGUGGAUAUAACCCGAACAAUGCAGGUGGAUAUGCCCCUCCUAAUGCAGGUGGGUAUGCCCCUCCUAAUGCCGGUGGGUAUGCCCCUCCUAAUGCAGGUGGGUAUGCCCCUCCUAAUGCCGGUGGAUAUGCCCCUCCUAAUGCAGGUGGGUAUGCUCCUCCCAACGCAGCUGGUGGUUACCCUCCUCCUCCUCCUAACAUGGCUGGGGGCUAUGGCCACGCAGGUGGUAUGCCUCAGAAUAACUAUGCUGGAAGCAUGGGAGGGGAGCCACCAAACCAGAACAUGGGAGGGUUUCAGCAAAAUGCUGGAUGGUCAAAUAAUUCUCCCAAUAGAGACAUGCCAAACAGGGAUAUGGGAGGAGCAGCUGGUGGGAACCCAUAUAAUGCAUGAGAUCACCGCAGAGAUUCUUCUGGCGAAUGUAGAUAAUUAAAAAUUGUGUCCAAGACAACAUAGAGUUUAUGUCAUGGUUCUCAAGUUAUUAGAAUUUAUUAGUCUUUCUUUCUUGUGACUUUACUUUUUAAUGAACCUGCUUGUUGUGUAUCAGAAGUUCAAUUUUUGAAGGUUAGAUACGAUCAUGUUGUUUGUGAACUUGACCGUCUUAUUUGUUAUAUGAUUGAGGUUGCCUUGCAGACCUAAGUAAUAGUUGGUAAUAAACGUUUAGUAGGUCUCAGUAUACUAAUAAGAGGUUUGUCUCUUUUACUCUAAUUUAAAAUUCAUUUUUCCUUGCUAUUAUUGAUAUAGCAUAAUAUAAAUGACUGAAGCACUAACCGUUCAAAGUCUAUCUUACUGGAGAAAAGCUUCGCGGUCGUCGUAGACUACUCAUUCAUUACCGCUGAAUUUUUUUUUAAAGUGGAAAAUGAUUUCUCCCAUGAGAUUAUGUUUGCUUGUGGUAGCUUAGGUGGGGGGAACGAAAUUGUUGAAAUGCGGCAGAACUGUGCGGAUAGUCCUUUCUGUUCAUUAUUCAUGGUAGCGGUGGCUGUGGUCUGUGUGCAAUGAAGAUUGGUCGACAACGAUGAUCGGGUUUUGUGAUGUUCGAGGUUGUUGAGUGCCAUAUUGCGUGAAGACUAAGGUUGAUAGUGGAUGAUCUCUAGAGCUCUUGCGGCAGGUGGUGUAGAGUGUACUUGUAAAGAUACUCUGAUGUCCAAGUUAGUUUUUAUUGAAGAUGAGAUAUACAGGAAAAAUCUACCUCAGCUGAGAUAUGCUUCGGAUUAUACAAAGAGCGAUUUUCGAUGGUGUAGAGUUAUGGGAUCGUGGCUGUACCUUAUUGAGAGACAGCAGCCCAAAAGUGGUUUGAUAUCGAUGAAAAUGCAUGGAAGUAGUGGGAGGUGGGGUCUGAUCAGCAGAGUGGAUCUGAUUAUGGGUGGGGAUGUGAAUUGGUCUCCACUAUUUUUAACCAAGGCGUUGUAUUUAAACCCAUUUAUAUUUGAUAAGUCUGCAUAGUGCAUAUGUUGAUG